AUGACUUCCAACCACGUUGUCGCGGGCGGCACUGUGGAAAACCGCCUGCCCGAGAUUCAAGCGCCGCCUCCCACUGCAGAAUCGGCUCCGCAACGGCAAUCUUCGCCUCAGCUUCCAUCGGCCACAGACAAGCCCCCGGAAGAUCCAGUCGAGGCAUAUCCAGAGCGACGUGAACCCCUGUCCUCAUCGGCAACGCAUUUGUACACCCUGUCCUACCUCGUCUUCUUCUCCAUCUUCGGCACCCUCGCGCGCCUCGGCCUCCAGGCCCUUACAUUCUACCCCGGUGCUCCCGUGGUGACAGGCGUCCUAUGGGCCAAUGUCGGGGGUUCGCUCCUGAUGGGCUUUUUUCUCGAAGACAAAAACAUCUUUCGUGAAGAAUGGGGCAAUCCUGGGAAAGGCAAUGCCAACGACAACCCCUCCAGAGACGAACGGAUCAAGCGCCAUAAAUCCAUCAAAAAGACAAUCCCGCUCUACAUUGGCCUCACAACCGGCUUCUGCGGCUCCUUCACCUCCUUCUCCUCCUUUAUCCGCGAUAUCUUCCUUGCCCUCUCGAACGACCUUCCCGACCCAUCGUCCCCAGCCUCCGCUCCCAAUGGCGGCUACAGCUUCAUGGCCCUUGUGGCUGUCAUCCUCGUCGAAGUUGCCCUUAGCCUUGCGGCGCUCAUAUUCGGCUCCCAUCUCGCCCUUGCUCUCGAGCACUUCCACCUUCCCCUAACAAUUCCCUUCCGCCUAACCCGCCGCUUCAUCGAUCCCCUCUUCGCCUUCCUCGGCUGGGGCUGCUGGGUCGGAACAAUCUUCCUCGCCAUCUUCCCCCCAGAAGGCCAUAACGCGUGGCGCGGCCGCGCAGUAUUCGCCAUCGUCUUCGCCCCCCUCGGCUGCCUCCUCCGCUUCUAUCUCUCUCUACUACUCAAUGCGCGCAUCCCGCAUUUCCCCCUCGGUACAUUUACAGUUAAUGUCCUCGGGACUGUAAUCAUGUCUAUGUGCUAUGACCUCCAGCGCGUCGAUGGCGUUGGAGCGACUGUGCUAGUGAGCUGCCAGAUCUUGCAGGGCGUGAUGGAUGGGUUCUGCGGCUCGGCAACGACGGUGAGUACGUGGGUAGCCGAGUUGAAUGGGCUGGCGCGCAGGCUACACGCGUAUAUAUACGGGGUGAUGAGUGUGGGUGUUGCAUUGGGGUUUUUUGUUGUCAUUACGGGGUCCUUGAGGUGGACUAUAGGGUUUGUUAGCCCUGUGUGUGAGUGA